GCGCCGCGCGCACACACCGGGCCGGCUCCCGAGGGCUCCAGCGCGGCCCCGGGGAGCGCGAGCGGGGAGCGCGCGGCAUGCGGUCAGCGGCCCAGCGGCCGGAAAGAUGGUGUCCUGGAUGAUCUCCCGAGCCGUGGUGCUGGUGUUUGGAAUGCUCUAUCCGGCGUACUACUCCUACAAAGCUGUGAAGACGAAAAAUGUCAAGGAAUAUGUCCGCUGGAUGAUGUACUGGAUCGUCUUCGCCCUCUAUACUGUGAUCGAAACAGUGGCUGAUCAGACCCUUGCAUGGUUUCCCCUGUACUAUGAGCUGAAGAUUGCCUUUGUCAUUUGGCUGCUGUCCCCCUAUACCAGAGGGGCGAGUUUAAUAUACAGAAAGUUCCUUCAUCCUCUUCUCUCUUCAAAGGAAAGGGAAAUCGAUGACUAUAUUGUCCAAGCAAAGGAAAGAGGCUAUGAGACGAUGGUGAACUUCGGGCGGCAGGGUUUGAAUUUAGCGGCUGCAGCGGCUGUCACAGCAGCAGUGAAGAGCCAAGGAGCAAUAACGGAGCGCUUACGGAGUUUCAGCAUGCAUGAUUUGACAGCCAUCCAAGGUGAUGAGCCCGUGGGACAGAGACCCUACCAGACUUUGCCAGAAGCAAAGAGGAGAAGCAAACAAGCCAGUGAACCAGCAGCCUACGGAAUUCCAGUGAAGGAUGGAGGUGAGCAAACAGACGAAGAGGCCGAGGGGCCGUUCUCGGAUGACGAGAUGGUGACUCACAAGGGGCUGCGGCGUUCCCAGAGCAUGAAGUCUGUCAAGACCAUCAAAGGCCGCAAAGAGGUGCGGUAUGGUUCGCUCAAAUAUAAAGUGAAGAAGAGACCACAGGUGUAUUUUUAGCGUCUACACCUCACCUAUCUCCAGACAAAUAACCCUAACAAAUCAACUUCAUAUUCUAACUCGAUGCAUUCAGGACUUACACUUUAAUUCUUCUGAUUGCAGCAAGGACGGGAUUUACUUUAAUAAUUUUAAAGAGUUUGUGUUUCUUUAACAAUUAACUUUUAGAUAUUAACUGCUAAAUGUAGUUAUGUGAUGUUUAUUGACGUACAUGUCUCUAACAGCAGUUACAGAGAAUCACAUUAUCUGAUUUCAUCAGCAACACUGAGUGUCUGGGAUCUAAGGAGAAAACACAGACCCAGGGUAUACUUGAAAAGUCUCUCCUUCAGGAUACAACUUGCCUUUCUAGUGUUGCGUCAUGUUUACACCCAUCCAUGCCUACCGCAUCUGUCACAGGAGGGUGGUGACAGCCACUGAGCAGCCAGUGUCGUGACAAAGACAUAGUGUAAGGUGGUGACAUGUCCUUUACAUAAGCCUUGGAAUCGUUCCACCACGAGUUCAAAGUUUUUGAAACAGAUGUUUGAAAACCAGAUGUUCACACAGCACUUUCCUGGCUGGGUUUUGCACACUUGAAAAUUGUUUACUUAUUUUAUGACUGUACAUUUACUUUAAAUUUUAUUGAUGCUGUCUUUUUUGUUGUCUUAUAUUCUGACAUGUCAAAAUUAUGCCUUCAAAUGCAUCAUCUCCUUUUCCUAUGUGUUUGUUUUAUUUGUUAAAUUCAUUUGAUUUAUAGUAGAGACACAUAGCUAACACUCAUUAAAUUUUUUUCUUUUUGAUUUUUGCUUUUUGAGAUAAGGUCUCUUGUAGCCCAAGGGUGGCCUUAAACUCCCGAUUCUAUUCUUGCUUCCACCACGCAGUUGCUGGGAUAACAGGUGUAUAUUAUCACACCUGACUGAUUUUAACUGUUUUUUAAUUAUAUUCUUGACAUCUAAGAAGUUAUUAACAUUAACCAGUUUCCAUAGUUGAAUUUGAUGUGUUUUUAUCAGCAAUAUAAUAUAAUAUUUUAUCAGCAAUUAUAAUAUUUUAUGUUUUAAAAUGUAGAUUUUUGGAAGAGAGUCAAGACCAGUAUAGCACUUAGUGUUUUCUUCUUCCUUGCUUUCUUUUUUUUUUCUUUGUUUGUUUGUUUUUUUGGGUUUUUUUUUUGUUUGUUUGUUUGUUUUCUUUUUGGUUGUUGGGAGGGGCAGUUAGUGACAGGGUUUCUUUGUGUAGCCUUUGUUGUCCUGGAACUAGCUCUGUUGACCAGGCUGGCCUCAAACUCACAGAGACCCACCUGCCUCUACCUCCUGAGUGCUGGGAUUAAAGGCGUGCGCCACCACUGCCCGACUGCACUCAGUGUAUUUUGACUCAUGGAACUGCCCAGUGACCACACCCCUUUCUCAAGCUUGGCAGACGCAGGUGCUGGUUUAGAGACCUGGUGGUGACUGAAGUCAUUUGAAUCUUUUUCCUGGCUGAGUUUACUCCCUGAAGAUGAGUGUCAAGAUAGAAUAUAAACAGUUGAUGCUACAUAGCAUAGGCUCCCAGAAAAAGAUCACCUUUUUAAUAUGAGAAAUAUAGAAGGAUUGAACUCAGAGGUUCAUUUCAGGUUGCCCUACUAACGGCACUAUGAACCUUAAAUCAGUAUAUUUGGAAUGAUGGAUAAUCAAAAUUUCAAUAAUCAAACAAUAUUUACUUGGGGGUGUCUGAGUGUCAUUCAUACAUGACCUCUUGAUGCUACUCUGAGUAUUUCCUAAACACCAAAUAUUUAACACCAAAUAAAAUUCAGUUUUUCUCCAAAACUUAAUUUACUUUGCUUAGACUCAUAGCGCCUUUGUUACUAGAAGACUUCUAUUCCAACAUCUAUAAAAUCACAUAAUAAAUUAUUGGAAAGAGUGUUAUUUAUUUGGCCUGGACCUGUCCUGCUCUGUAUAAACACCAUGCUGCCUGCUUGGUUUCCCGGGCAGAGGCAGUUUUACCUGAUAAGGCAAUUGGAUAAGUAAGUUACUCUGUCUUUAUGGGGACUGCUUGGCACCAUCUUAUCUUUUAAAAGUCCAGUGCCUGCAUUAAACCUGCCCUUUGGAGCCACUGGUAGAUGCCAUGCUUGACAUAGGCAAGGCCUGGAGUGGAGUUCAAUCCCAGAAUAAAAAAAAAAAAAAAUUAGUUAGAACAAACUUACCCAUUCUUUAAGGAGUUCAUAUACUGUUUGUUUUCUCUUUUGAUUUUUUGUUUUGUUUUGUGAGGCAGAGUCUCACUGUGUAGACCAGGCUGUCCUACAACUCACUGUGUAGACCAGGCUGGCUUACAAGCUCCCCAAGAUCCACCUGCCUCUGCCUUCUCUGCCUUCCACGUGCUGACAUUAAAGGUGUGAGCCACCAUGCCCAGCUUGUGGUUUUUGUUUGGUUGGUUGCUUUUAUUUUAUUUUAUUCUAUUUUAUUUUUUGAGACCAAGUUUUACUCUAGCCAGCCUGAAACUCACUAUGUAGCCCAGGCUAGCCUCGAAUUUGUGGACAUUCCUCAGCCUUCGAAGUGCUGAGAUUAUAGAUGUGUGCCACCACCCCACCAUGUUUCACGGGCUUUUCAAAUUGGCAGAAUUACUCACUUGUAGAAUCAGAAUGCCCCAAACAAAGGUGCCACCGUGACUCCGAUCUAAUGCUGGCCAUCCUAUUCACUGUCCUUCUCAUUCCUGGCCCAUACUUGGGCAUAUUACAGCAGUUGACAUGCUUCGUGCACUUGAUGCUGUCUGUCCUGCCUCUCGUGCUUUGGUUCUGUCCUCCACAGUCAUGUGUCAUACAUAGUACAACCUUGUCUUUGAACUUUGUAUACUGAGCCAAAGCACCUUUUUUUGUUGUUGUUAUUGUUGUUUCUUUGAUGGUGGAGCUGGUCUUGUUUACUUCUCUGCUUUUGAAUCUGCCGAUUUUUUUUAAGAGAUGUAAAUUUAUUCAUAGACCACAGUGCCUUGACUUAACCCCACUACCGAUUGGGGCGCCAGCAUGCAAUGCACACGCCUGUUUAGGGUACUGUCUAUCCAAAACCCACAGCCUACUCGUAUCUUAUCUGACUGUCCAGUCAUUCGGUGUGAUCACUAAUACCGAACCGAUCCCCGUACUUAACUGUUGUUUAAGCAUGAGGAUUGCCACAGUUCUCUGUAGAAUUGCUGUGUCUCUCUUUUCUUUUUCCUUUGUGGUAUUAAAAGGAGCCAUAAGUAGCACAGCUGGAGAGACAGACAGCUCGGUGUUUCAAGAAUGCAUACUGCUCUUACAGAAGACCCAGGUUCAGUUCUUAGCCCUCUACCUGCUAGGUAGUUCACAACGGCCUGCAGCUCCAGCUCCAGGGGAUACCCUUUAUGAUGUCCAGGUGCAGCUGCACGCAUGUGUGAACACACCAGCACAUGGAUAUGCAUGCAUAGCCAUAAUUUAUAAAUAAGGAAACGUCUAUGGAAAACAAAAACGAACCAGAAACCAUCUGAUUGCUAAAUGCACAAUUGUAUGAGCCCACCCUGCUCCGCCCAUCGGAUGCCAUCCACACACACACAUCGCUGUGUGUGUGUUUUCUUUGGCUAAAAUAAUGAGAUCCGACCAUCACUGCUGGCAAGAUCACUGCAUGGAUGAAGCAGAACUAACUACUCGCGUGUUUUCAGGGAUCUUAUUCCGUGUGUCACCACCAAAGACUUCCACAGUGUUAUAAAGCAUGUAAAUACUCGAAAAUUAUGUCAAACAUUGGUUAAAUGCUUCUACUACUUCCUUUUCUGUACUUUUGGGGAGAUGCCUGGACCUUUAUGGUAUUACUAUAAUGUCUUACAUUGACUAUAAAUGGUUUUUUUUCUGAAUUGGAAUAGGCUAAUUUUUGAUUUAGUGUUUUCAUUGGGAAAACUAAGGAUAUCUUAAUAGAUCUAAAUAUAGAACUCUGAAUACAGAUUCCAGAGCUGUUUCCUCUGUCCUUUCCUUUUUAGGUUGAUUUAUUUGUUAAACAGUCGGGUAAAUUUUGAGAAGAUUGCUGCUUUGUGGUUUGUAGUAUUUCUACAGAAACAUACUCUAAGGUUAAGGUUUUCUGAAAAGAAAGUCUCUUUUUCUCUAAGUGCUUUUGUAAUCUUUUAGGGGUGUUCUGCAGAUUGACCCUUUUUGAAUAUUGUAUAUCAACCCUUUUUAGCAUUGACCCUGACUUAACAAUUUUUUUCUUGUAAUAUUUUUUAACUCUGUGUACUUUAAUACUUUAAGCAAAAAUAACUCUGUAAGAUCUCUGUUAAAGCUGUCCUCAAGCCCUGUACGUGGGUGACUCUGCAAGUAUAUUUGGGGAAUUUUUACAAUAAAAUAAACUCAUUAUA